CCUAAAUAACCCAAUUUGUUUCCUUUUCCUUAUAAAAUUACACUUUAAAAAUAGAGGCAAACAAACAGACACGGGGUUUGGUUCAAACCGCGAAAGCAUCAAUGGCGACGAGCACGAGCAGCAGCAACAACCAACCAUACAGACCCUACCGGCACCUGAAAACCCUAACCGCCCAUCAACGCGCUGUGUCGUGCGUGAAGUUCUCGAACGACGGAACCCUCCUUGCCUCCGCCUCACUGGACAAAACCCUAAUUAUCUGGUCCUCCGCCACUCUCUCCCUCCUCCACCAUCUCAUCGGCCACUCAGACGGCGUCUCCGACCUCGCCUGGUCCUCCGACUCCCACUACAUUUGCUCCGCCUCCGACGACCGCACCCUCCGCAUCUGGGACGCCACCGGCGGCGACUGCGUCAAGACGCUCCGCGGCCACUCCCUCGCCGUUUUCUGCGUCAACUUCAACCCCCAAUCCAAUUACAUCGUCUCCGGUUCCUUCGACGAGACAAUUAGGGUUUGGGAGGUGAAGACCGGGAAGUGUAUCCACGUCAUCAACGGCCACACGAUGCCCGUCACGUCCGUGCACUUCAAUCGCGACGGUUCCCUCAUCGUCUCUGGUAGCCACGAUGGGUCUUGCAAGAUUUGGGACACAAGCUCUGGUACUCUGUUGAAGACCCUCAUCGAUGAUAAGCUCCCUGCUGUGUCAUUCGCCAAGUUUUCCCCCAAUGGCAAGUUCAUACUCGUUGCUACUCUCAAUGACACCCUUAAGCUAUGGAACUACUCGACUGGGAAGUUUUUAAAAAUUUAUUCGGGCCAUGUGAAUAGAGUAUACUGCAUAACUUCCACAUUUUCUGUGACAAAUGGGAAAUAUAUUGUUGGCGGUUCAGAAGAUCGAUGUGUUUAUUUGUGGGAUCUUCAGGCCAAAAAUAUGGUUCAGAAAUUAGAAGGCCAUACAGAUACUGUAAUAUCCGCUACCUGUCACCCAACAGAGAACAAAAUUGCUUCUGCUGGCCUCGAUGGUGAUAGAACUGUGAGGGUUUGGGUACAGGAUUUCUGAAUAGAGAACAAAAUUGCUUCUGCUGGCCUCGAUGGUGAUAGAACUGUGAGGGUUUGGGUACAGGAUCCCUGAAUAAUCGCAAAACUGUAUGUGGAUAUGGUCCUCUUAUAACCUACAAUUUGAUUUUCUUCAAGAUUUCAACUGCAUGCUUCCUUUUGAGUUUGGAUGCAUUAUUAUGUCUUGGUGGCUUUUUGUUGAGAGAGGUGCACCGUGCCCCCCCCCCCCCCCCCCCAUAAAAGACAGGUUAUACAAAGCAUUUGUAAUUCAUAAUGUAGUCUAUUCUUUUAUAUACAUUUUUGUCCUACAUGUAUUUAAAUUUUCAAAUUGAGUCCUUGGGAAAUUUUG